AUUUGAUAAUACUUAUUAAUUAGUGAGGUUACAUCACCGUAUACAAAGUGUUGAAUUAAUAUAAUAUUCGUGAACAUAUUCUAAAAAGGGACAUGACUGUCGGAAAAAACACUGGACCUAAGAUUGCUGAAAGCCCUUUGGAUUUAUUUGAAGGCCAUGUAGAACAACCACUGUUAAAUAAAUUUUGGUAUCCAGUUACUGGCGGAAUUGUUGGUUUUGUAGCUACUUGUACUGGAAAUUGGGUAGCUAAGAGACCAAUUAUGAGCGGUGUUCAAAUACAUGCCCUUAUGACAGUAGCAGGAGUGUUUUUAGGAAACUAUUUCGACAAAUUGAGAGAUGAAUAUUUUGCUGAGAAAGACGCUAUAAUGCGUCAUUACAUAUUAUUACACCCAGAAGACUUUCCCAAAUUCGAACGAAGAAAGUACAGUGAAGUCUUGGAAAAAUGGUACCCAGCUCGUUAAGAUCAAUACAUGUAAUUUGUUUUAUCAUCUGUAAAUAAAGACUAUCAGUAGAAA